AUUCUACCGUAUCUGCGACCCAACGUAUUUGCGACUCUGAGAACGAUAUAUAGAAAUCCUCAAUUAGGGCCAUCUCAAUUGGGGAUCUUCCGUCCCCUAUCUGUCCCUCCUUCGGCGUAGGCUGCGAUCUCGAUCACGUCUCCCCGAUCUGCGUCCCUCACAGUCACAGAAUCAUGGUCAUGGAGAUCCUAGGGCAUGAAACUACUCAAGAAAACAUCAACGAAGGAACUGAAGAGGAUAACUCUUUCAUUGCCAUAAGAGAAUGCAUGUCAGACACUAAACAGGGUAAUGGACUGGAUGAAUUAGUGAGACUAAAUGUAGCCAAUGGAGAAGUUAAAGAAGGGGACCAAUCAACCAAUGCAAAUUUACCAAUGGAUGCUGUGGAAGAGUGGCCUGCUGAAAAGAAAGUUUAUAAUUUCUAUGUUGCAAGGUACAGGACCUUUGAAGACCCUAAACUGAAGGCAAGAAUUGACCAUGCUGACAAAGAGGUCACUAAGUGCACCCAAACCAGGGUUCAGAUUAUUGAAGCCUUAAAGGCAAAAAGGUCUGAAAGAUCAAAUUUGAUUGUGCAAUUAAAACCUUUGACUGCUGAAGACAAACAGUAUCGAAUGACAAUGGAUGAAAAGAGAAAGUCAAUGGAACCACUUCAGGAUGCUCUUGGAAAGCUGCGUAGUGCAAAUAUUGCUGUGAAGGAAAAGGGCAUGGGUUUAUGUUCUUCAGAGGAAGAGCUCAAUAAUCUUAUUUAUGGCUUGAACUACCAGAUGCAGCAUGAGAGUCUAACUUUAGUUGAAGAAAAACAGAUGAUUAAGGAGAUAAAAAUGCUUGAAGCAACAAGGGAUAAGGUUAUUGCUAAUGCCAGUGAAAAGGCUAAGAUUCAAGAUUCAUUUGGUCAUAAAGAAGCUAUUCAAGACCAGGUCAAACUAAUAAUUGAUGACAUUGGUGGAAUAAAAAAAGAGAAACAACCAAUUCGUAUGAAAAUCAAGGGCCUCAAAGAUGAACUCAAGGUUUUAGAUGAUGAUAUUAGUUCCUUACAGGAGGAGUUGGAAAACAUCAACAAUAAAAGAAACAAGGCAUUUGAAACUCUUGUGGAGUUAAGAAAAUCUCGCGAUGAUGUGAAUGCUUGCUUCUUCCAAAACCGUGCUAUGUUAAACCGUGCAAAGGAUCUUGCUGCAAAGAAGGAUAUAGCAUCACUCCAAGACUUUGUGUUUAAUGAGGUUGAGAAAUUUAUGUCUGAAUGGAGCAGUGAAAAAGCUUUAAGAGAAGAUUAUGAGAAGAGAAUUUUGUCAUCACUUGAUAUUAGGCAAUUGAGCAGGGAUGGCAGGAUGAGGAACCCUGAUGAAAUGCCAAUUAUUACAGUUGAGCGUCCAGUGACCAGAGAAGUGGAGGCCACACCGGCAAAGGCAAAUGCCAAACAAGCUGCGGACGUACAUUUACCGCAGCAGGACGUUAUUCCCAACAAAAAGACCCAAGAAACCAACCUUAAGAAAGCACCCAAGGUUGUUGAAUCAAGAGUAGAGGCUGAAGAUCCUAAGAGCACUGCCAAGUCACCAGCACUCGAGAAACCUCAGGAGAUUCAAAAGAUGAAUGAGAUUGAUGCUGCGAAACUCAAAGAGAUAAAGAGAGAAGAGGAGAUUGCAAAAGCUAAGUUGGCCUUGGAAAGAAAGAAGAAGCAAGCUGAGAAAGCAGCGGCAAAAGCAGCUAUUAGGGCUCAAAAGGAAUCUGAAAAGAAACUGAAGGAAAAAGAGAAGAGGCUUAGAAAGAAGGCCGGGGCAUCAACACCUCCUGCACCCGUCGAGGAAGCUGAAGCUGAAGCUGAAUCCAAGGUUUCAGAGCCAGAAGAAGAAGCUGUCAAUACUGAUGCCCUAGUUGCUGAAAAGAGCAAGGUUGAGAGGGGAAAUGCUAGAUUCAGAAACCGACCAACUGGAAGGGUCAAGGCACCUAAGAUCAUAUUGAAAAAGAAAAAAACAUCAUCUUAUUGGAUAUGGGCUGCAUCAGCUGCAGUAGCUGCCGUGCUAUUAGCGACCCUUGGAUACUACUUGGUUUCCACUAGAAAGUGAAGACGACAUCAACGAUCAUUCCCUCAAGAAGUUCACCAGUUUUGCAGAUGGGAUAACUUAGUCACUAAUGGAAUCUUCUUCUAGUAAAAAACACAAAAAAAAUCUUAUGUCUUUCUCCACAGGAAGACAUCGGGUAAUGUAAACUUAUCAACACUCGGUUUAGCUGCAUGCAUCCUCGUUGGUAUUCUUUUUCGUCUCCCGGCAACUGACUGUUUCCCUUGUUUUAAGUAGGUAUAACUUUUGUCUCUAAAUGAAUAAUUUCUAUAUUUUCUUCCUUUA